CACCCCGCCCCAAACACACAAGCCGCGCACGGACGGCCGCACGCCGCAGACAGGGAGCAGCUCUCGCGUUGCUUUCCGCCCCGCCGCCCAUGGCGAGCCUGUCGUCGCCGCGUCUCCUGUCCUCCUUCCUCGGCGACCGCCUCGCGCUCUCCGGCAGGCCGCUGCUCCUCCGCUCCGCUGCCCCAGGCAGCAGGCGGGUGACGUAUCAAGCGACGAGAACGCUAUGCAACUUGGUGGAUAUCCUAUUUAACAGGAGAAGUCGGGAUGAUGCACCAGAAAACAACCCUAGACGCCUGCAUCCUGGGAAAGUAUCUCCACGCCUUAGUGUUCCCAAUCAUAUACCACGGCCUCCAUAUGUCAAUUCUCGUCAACAAAGACCUGGUAUGAAUAAUGGACCUGAAAUACAUGAUGAAAAAGGGAUCGAGUGCAUGAGAGCUUCUGGAAAGCUUGCUGCACAGGUUUUGAAGUUUGCUGGGACUCUUGUAAAGCCAGGCAUAACGACUGAUGAGAUUGAUAAAGCAGUGCACCAAAUGAUAAUUGAUAAUGGAGCAUAUCCUUCACCUCUUGGUUAUUGUGGAUACCCAAAGAGUGUCUGCACUUCAGUGAAUGAAUGCAUCUGUCAUGGGAUACCAGAUUCUCGUCCCCUUGAGGAUGGAGAUAUCAUCAAUAUUGAUGUUACUGUCUACCUCAAUGGUUACCAUGGCGAUACAUCUGCUACAUUUCUCUGUGGUGAUGUUGAUGACGAAGCUAAGAAAUUAGUUAAGGUGACAAGAGAAUGUCUCGACAAGGCUAUAUCAAUUUGUGCACCUGGGGUGGAGAUCAAACAAAUUGGUAGAACUAUACAGGAUCAUGCAGACAAGUUCAAGUUUGGUGUAGUUCGACAUUUUGUCGGCCAUGGCGUUGGAAAAGUUUUUCAUGCUGAGCCUGUUGUGCUUCAUUUCAGAAACAAUGAAUGGGGCCGUAUGAUGUUGAAUCAAACAUUUACUAUAGAGCCCAUGCUAACCAUAGGGAGCAUAAACCCUGUCAUGUGGUCCGAUGACUGGACCGCAGUGACAGAAGACGGCAGCUUGUCAGCACAGUUCGAGCACACGAUACUCAUUACCGAAGAUGGCCCGGAAAUAUUGACACAGUGCUAACAAUGAACAAUUGAUAGUCGGCUGGCGAGAUCCUGCAUUUUUAUCGGGACUAAUUGGUCCAACUUAAACUCUGAUGCAAAAAUGGCAAACUCACGUUGUAAUCUCGGUUCAUCGUUAUAAUGACAUAUCUGUAGAAAUUGUGCUAUUUUUGACGUUAAAUCUGAGUGUAUGUUUUAUUGGUGUUUGGUUGA